GAAGGCAAGGAAAAGAGAGAGAAACGAGAUAUGCUGUCAGGUCGCGCGCUCAGUAGCCCUCUGUCUCUAUCGCGCGCGGCGACUCUGACGUAGCAAGGCGGAAGUGGGCGAGGCCGUUUGGAAUUUUGGCGCGAGAGCGGGCGUUGAGCCUUCUUCUUGGGGGCUUCGCGCGCCGUGAGGAAAAACACCUGGGAGCCCUGAGCCGAGGGGGAAGGGGCAGACCUGCUACAUCCGGGAACUCCCAAGGGUGGUGCCGUGGUGGGGAAGAAAGUGAGGUGUUUCUUCUCCUGCCCACCCACUCCCAACUCCUUGGGGCUCUGAGUAAACUGAAAACUGGGGGAAAGCAUUUCACUCUGGUGAAGGUCAGAUAUGCCAGUACCUUUUGACUGUGCUGGGGCUGAGUCCCAGCUGAGCCACACUCCUUUGCCAGUACCAGCCUUCUUCCGGGAAGUGGAAAGCAGCUUUUCCAGCAAGAGAGCUCAUCGGCCACUCAGCUACACCGUCCCACCACGGCCACGGCACAAGAGCACACUAACCGUGAGCCGAAUUUUUUCUGACCGUCGGCUGCAGCCCUGGACCCAGCUCCACCCACGCAGUGUUUCUUUCCAUGGUGCACAGAAGCAGCAGCCACCCCUGCAUAGUGGCCUCUAUGAUGCAUCCAAAAGAGAGCUAUUUUUUAGGCAGUGCUUUCAACAACUGAGCCGCCUGGGACGAGGAUCCUUUGGUGAAGUGUACAAGGUGCGCUGUAAGGAGGAUGGGCAGUUGUAUGCAGUGAAGCGUUCUGUGGAACCAUUCCGGGGCGAGAGUGACAGGCAGCGCAAACUGGCCGAGGUGCGCAAGCACGAACGUGUGGGGCACCAUCCCAACUGUGUGAGCUUCGUGCAGGCUUGGGAGGAGCGUGGGCAGCUCUACAUCCAGACAGAGUUGUGCCCAGGCAGCCUGCAGCAAUACUGUGAGAAAUAUGGGCCACUGCCCGAAUGGCAGGUGCGGGCUUUCCUUUGGGACUUACUGCAGGGGCUGCAUCACUUGCAUGACCGCAACCUUCUGCACAUGGAUGUCAAGCCAGCCAACAUCUUCCUCUCAUCCAACAAUGUCUGCAAACUGGGUGAUUUUGGACUCAUGCUGGAGCUGGACUCUGGGGACCUGACUGAUGCCCAAGAAGGUGAUCCCCGCUAUAUGGCUCCUGAGUUGCUACGUGGAGAGUACACUAAGGCUGCUGAUAUCUUCAGCCUUGGCAUAACUAUCUUGGAUAUUGCCAGUAAUCUGGAGCUUCCCAAUGGAGGGGAAGGUUGGCAACAGUUGCGGCAGGGCUAUUUGCCCCCUGAGUUUACUUCAGGUCUCUCUGCUGACUUGAAGAUGCUCCUAGCUGCCAUGUUGGAACCCAACCAUCAGCUCCGGCCCUCAGUGGAGACUCUGCUUAGUUCCAGACUCAUGCAGAAGACUGAGAGGUGGCGGAAGCUGAUGCUGCUGGCCCAAUCUGGGAUCCAGCAGGGAACUGCCAUGUGUCAGAUCCUCCUCAGGUUCAUGCACUGGCUCUGGGAAGCUGUGUGGAGCCCAGCACACUGGCUUCUGUUUUGGCAUCAGAGUCUCCCUGUCACGCCCCCUCAUUCGCCUUUCCUCCUUCCCCUGGAAGACAGCAGCCUCUCCAGUGACUGGGGUGAGGAGGAGGAGAGCCUCGGGGAGGAUUUCUUGGAGCUAACGGAAACAGCUGGGCACCACAACUGCACUUGCCCUGUGGGGCUGCAGCCCUCAGACAUAGUGCCUGGUUCUCCACAGCUGAACUUAUACCCAUGUGUGGGAAGCACUUCCACCCCACGGCACCCCUCACCACAACAGACUGGAAGGAUGAACAGGUCUUUGGCACUCCAGGGCAGUCCCAACCUCAGCUGCAUCAGUCCUGAGCCCCUCAGUGGCAGCUCCACCUCAUCAGAUUUGCCACCUGUGAGCAGCCUGCGCCGAACGCUAGUUUAUGAGGAGGAAGAGGAGGAGGAUGUAUGGGAGGCAGUUUCUCCCCGAUGCUCAAAUCACUGCUCCACUUUUGAGCCAAAAAACCUGCUGAGCAUGUUUGAGGACUCCAUGGCAUCUGAGCGGAAGUGCCAGAGCUGAUGUGAACUACAUUUCUUUACUUGUUUCCUUAGGCCCCUUGUGGGUGAACAGAGGUGUCUCUCUUACACAUACAAAGCCAGUAAGCUCAAAAUGGUGGGGCUGUGACCUUAGAGCUCACACAAAACCAUACAGCAGGGUUCGGCAACCUUUGGCACUACAACUUCCAUCAUCCCCAGCCACAAUUUUGUGACUGAGGAUGAUGGAAGUGUCAGAGAUUACCUAUCCCUGCUAUACAGUAGCUGUUGGCAGGCAGGGGGAAGCAGGAAUAAACUGUCAAAUCAUCUGAGGGAGAGGGGAUCCCUCUUUUAUAAGGGGAUGAGGGCUGGAUCCAUAAUACAUGAUUUCUUUUUAAAGUUUUAUGUCCCUCCUAUCUGGGGGACAGGGUGCCAGGGAUCUGCUGCCAUUUGUGGGAAAUUGAUUUGGGCAAUGAGAGCUAUUAACGUCUUUCCAUUAUGGGGUUAUACAAUGGUGUCAGCUGUAGGACUUGACAAUAAACGCAUUUUUGAAAUUUA